GUAUCUUUGUACGAAUUAAUUAAAUAAUAUGACGUUUCAUAUGAUAGACAGUGUUUGGGUUGUUUACGAUGAAGAAUGGCACGGUUGUUCAAUUCAAUAUUUAUUUUUUAUUAUGAGUCUUGUUUAAUUAUGUAGGUAUACGGAAAAGUUGAAAAUUGGUAUUGGUCUGCUAAACGAUGAAUUUUGAUUUUUGUUAUUUAAAUUAAUGGUUGGCAUUUUUAUUGAAAGUAGGUUACGUGUCGUUACAAAGUACACGAAUGUUUGUGAAGUGAAGUUGAAUAAAAUAAUUGAUAAUUUGAUGAAUGCCAAAUUUUGUUUCAACUUUUUGAACUUUCUCACAGCAGAGAAAUUUCAAGUACGCAAAGAAAAGAAAAUAGAACUGUUGUUUUGACAACACUGCAAAAUCGUCUAUCUUAUCAUCGAAAAUGUCACCAAAUUUAAAAAUUGAUUUACUUUACAGCAAUAAAAACUGAAAUUUAAAACACUCGAAGAAAGUAAAAACAUCCUAUUUUUAGUGUGAAAUUACUCUAAUAGAAAAUAUGUCUGCUUAUAUACCUGUGAUCACUAAACUAUCACCCAUUGUGAUUCGUAUACUGGGUUGUAAUCCGGGAAUGAUGACUUUACAAGGAACAAAUACCUAUCUGCUCGGUUCCGGUCAAAAACGAAUCCUGCUGGACACCGGAGAGCCAAACAUUCACGAGUAUAUUGAUCAUUUGAAACAAGUCCUAUCUUCUGAGAAAGCUACAUUAGAACAUAUUAUAAUCAGUCAUUGGCACCUGGACCAUAUCGGAGGAGUAAAAGAUAUCUUCAAGAGUAUAGCACCAUCAGAUUGCAAAGUAUGGAAAUACAAAAGAACCGACGGAGAAGAACCUGAUAUAGGCGAUGUACCGAUCAAUGAACUUCACGAUAAUCAGAAAUUCAUUACUGAAGGUGCCACUUUAAAAAUCGUCCACACUCCAGGACACACCACUGAUCACGUAGUAUUAACUUUAGAAGAAGAAAAUGCCUUAUUCAGCGCCGAUUGCAUAUUAGGAGAAAGUACAGCGGUAUUUGAAGAUUUGUUCACCUAUAUUCGAUCAUUACAGAAAAUUUUAUCCUUUAAACCAAACGUCAUAUAUCCAGGACAUGGACCUGUGAUCAACAAUCCUGUCGAGAAGGUGAAAUAUUAUAUCGAACACAGGAAUAAAAGAGAAUCGGAAAUUUUAAACGUGUUGAAUGAUGGCUCAGAGAAGACAUCGUGGACAGAGAUGGAAUUAGUGAAAAAAAUAUACAAAGAUACCCCUGAGCAUUUGCAUGUGCCAGCUUCAGUUAAUGUGAAUCAUCAUUUGAAGAAAUUACUUAAAGAAGGCAGAGUCAUCGAAGAAAAUGAUAGAUGGAGAAUACGAUCAAAUUUAUGAGUGAUGAAAGUAAUCUAUUUUGUUGAAUUUUUUAUGGUGUUUUGUUACGUUUCUGUUUGGUGUCUGUUCAAGGUACACCUCUUUUUAUAAAACCAUUUUUAUAUUUUUUGUAAGGUUGAACUUACGUGCAAUAAAUUUGUUAAUUUUUUGGGAAAA